AGGCAGGCGAUUCACGAGAAAUGGCCUCUCAGCUAUGACAACUAUGUCGCUGGCCGUGCGGUCACACAAAAUCGAGAAGUUCAAGUAAUCGCCUUGGCCAGAGAUGACGGUAAUAUCCUCGAGCAUCAUUACGCUGAAGCAGUCUUCCGGCUGGAUCGAUAUAUUCAAAAACGAGUACGCGUCCUCUAUAAACACCGCUACUACUCAUAUCACGAUUUAUGUCUUCAGUAUAAAAAUAGCGGCUGUCCAGCGAAUAAGCAUGUUCAUGUGCUUUCAGAUCUCUACAAUCAUGGUUUUAAUAUUACAUUCCCAUAUUUUCGCUUUGGAACCGAAGGUGGAUACCUGGGCGGAGCAUUGGGCGGCGUUAAACUUAUGAAAACCGAAAAUGGCACCAACAUUUUGGCUAGUGCCCAAGCUUGGUUCAUGAUAUAUCAUUUGAAAUUCUUCCCAACAGAAAUGAGCUAUAUAUCAGGACUAUGGGAGAAUGAACUCGGGCGACAUCUUGCUGCUUACCCAGAGGAUCCGUACAUAAAGAUAACAUACUUCCACUCACAAACACUAGCAGAUGAACUACGCAGAAAUGCUGAUUCAUUGUUACCUCGUUUUGUAAUCGCCUUCAUUCUCCUGGUGGUAUUCUCAAUGGUCUGCUCAAUAGCUUUAAUCGAUAAUACCUACUACAUAGACUGGUCGCUCAGUAAGCCGAUACUCGCUGUUUUGGGAGUCGUUAAUGCCGGUAUGGGUAUUGUAACAUCGCUUGGCAUGUUGAUGCUCUUCGGAAUGCCCUUCAGUGAUAUUGUAUCGGUGAUGCCGUUUCUGGUAGUUGCUGUCGGUAUCGACAACAUGUUCCUGAUGAUAGCAGCUAUCAGACGAACGUCUCGAUGUCUACCGGUAGCUGAACGAAUGGGCGAAUGUAUGUCGGAUGCGGCUGUGGCAAUUCUUAUAACUGCUAGCACAGAUGCGCUGUCGUUUGGGGUCGGGGCCAUUACCACUUUGCCAGCUGUCCACAUAUUUUGCGUCUAUACAGGGGUGGCUAUAGCAUUUGCGUUCAUCUAUCAGAUUACAUUUUUCGCUGCUCUACUGGUAUUAUUUACUAAGCUUGAAAAAAAUGAGCGGAAUACAGUCUCUGGGUUGAAAACUAUUGCCACCUGGUCACAACGCAUUUUCAACCUCGGAUCCAGACCGGAUCCUGUCAAAGGAAAUGAUAUCAAGGAAGCCGCAAUUCCUGGCUUUUUCCGUGAUUGGUAUGCACCCCUUUUGAUGAAUCGUGUCGUUCGAGGUAUAGCAUUAAUGUGGUACAUAAUAUAUCUGAUCUUCGCCUAUUAUGGUGUCACCCAGAUUAAGGAAGGCCUCGAACCGAUCAAUCUACUCGUUGAAGACUCGUACGCCAUACCUCACUAUAAACUCUUGCAGAAUUAUUUUUGGAAAUAUGGAGCCACUUUACAGGUGGUUGUUAAUAAUGCGCCAGAUAUGCGCAACUCAACUUCGCGUCAGCGAAUUCAAGCAAUGAUCGGUGACUUUGCUACAACACGUCAUUCCAUCGGAAUGGAAGCUGUGCAGUUUUGGAUGACCGAUAUGGAUAUUUAUUACCGUGAUACUCUGGACAUGAAGAUCAUCGACGGCGCGUUCUACAGUAUGCUACGACAUUGGCUCGCGUCCAAGCACAACAACGUCUGGGCAGAAGACCUGUAUUGGGGUGAAGAUGAAGAUGGCAAUGUGACGCUAAAAAGUUUCCGUUUCUUGCUGGGAAUGCGUGAUAUCUCGUCCACGACAGAUCAGAUGGAUGCUACUUUGUUGUUCAGGGAGGUGGCAGCUCGCUGGCCAGAAUACAAUAUUACAACGUUUAUGCCUUUAUGGUUAUUCACCGAUCAAUACGCUAUUAUUAUUCCAAAUACUGUGCAAAACAUCAUAAUUGCUUUGGCGUGCAUGGUUGUCAUCGCUUUCCUUCUAAUCCCACAGCCGAUGUGUGCCUUUUGGGUGGCGUUAGCUUGCGGUUCAAUCGAUUUUGGUGUCGUCGGCUAUAUGACCCUAUGGGGUGUGAAUCUGGAUGCGAUCUCUAUGAUCACUAUUAUAAUGUCUAUUGGCUUCUCUGUUGACUAUUCUGCUCACAUAACCUACGGGUAUGUGGUUUCCGAAGCUCUUGUCCCGAGAGAGAAAGUCCGUGACGCCUUGGCCUCGCUCGGGUGGCCACUGUGUCAGGGUGCGUUGUCCACCAUUAUUGCUGUGUCGGUGCUAGCCGAUGUUCCAGCUUACAUGAUCAUCACCUUCUUCAAGACGGUAUUCCUUUCAAUAUCCAUCGGUCUUCUCCAUGGCCUCGUGUUCCUACCAGUGCUGUUGUCGACUUUUGUUAGAGGGUGCUGUUUCAUGGACACGAAUCACAAAGAUGCCGUCGAAAAAAUGAAAUUUUUAUCACAUGAGCCGCAGAUAGUGCCUUAUUCGUCACCCUCCCAUGUACCCAUCCCAUUGACGGAACAUUCGUCGGCGGCAAGCAUUCAUAAUCGCUCACGUGCUUCGCUAAAGUCACCCGAACAUCUUGAAUAA